AUCUGGCACGAUUCUCAAAGCUAUAUGAGGCGUUUUUAAACAGAAACCUUUCUUGCUUUGUUCUAUUAGCACAAUUCUCCGCUCUUCUUCUUCUUCCUCAUCUCUGUAGACUACAGCUCUCCGCCGGAUCCUCCUUCCAUUUCCUUCUCUACUUUGAGUUCUAAUGGCGUUGAAUGUCCUUGCGCCGCUUGAAAUGAAGGCUCUCUCCUUCUUAGACUCCUCCAGAUCCAGACACUUCACCAAGCUUCAAGGAGCAUCAUCCUUGAAGGAUUGUAGAACUAUUGUUCAGAAAAGGAUUCACUGUUCAUCACAGCCUCCUCCUCCAGCUUGGCCUGGACGAGCAGUCACAGAGCCGCAACAUAAGAAAUGGGAAGGCCAGAAGCCGAUCUCCAUUUUAGGAUCCACUGGUUCCAUUGGAACUCAGACAUUGGAUAUUGUGGCAGAGAAUCCUGAGAAAUUUAGAGUUGUGGCACUUGCAGCUGGCUCUAACAUAACUCUUCUUGCGGAUCAGGUGAAAACAUUUAAACCUCAGAUAGUUGCUGUAAGAAAUGAGUCCUUAAUCGAUGAGCUCAAAGAGGCUUUGGGUGAUCUUGAUGAAAAGCCUGAGAUUAUCCCUGGCGAGCAGGGAGUAAUUGAGGCUGCACGACACCCAGACGCAGCCACUGUUGUUACAGGAAUAGUAGGUUGUGCUGGACUAAAGCCUACCGUUGCUGCAAUUGAAGCUGGGAAAGACAUAGCCUUGGCGAAUAAAGAGACUCUGAUUGCCGGUGGUCCCUUUGUUCUUCCCCUUGCCCACAAGCAUAAUGUAAAAAUCCUUCCUGCCGAUUCAGAACAUUCAGCAAUAUUCCAGUGUAUUCAGGGACUGUCCGAGGGUGCACUUCGCCGCAUUAUUUUGACUGCAUCUGGCGGGGCUUUCAGAGACUUGCCGGUUGAAAAGUUGAAGGACGUUAAAGUUGCAGAUGCUUUAAAGCAUCCCAACUGGAGCAUGGGAAAGAAAAUCACUGUUGACUCCGCUACACUUUUCAACAAGGGUCUAGAAGUGAUUGAAGCACACUAUUUAUUUGGAGCGGAAUACGAUAACAUUGAGAUUGUUAUCCACCCGCAAUCGAUCAUACAUUCAAUGGUAGAAACACAGGAUUCAUCUGUUUUAGCUCAAUUGGGUUGGCCUGAUAUGCGCUUGCCCAUUCUAUACACCAUAACAUGGCCAGAUAGAAUACACUGCUCUGAAAUAACUUGGCCUCGCCUUGAUCUUUGCAAGCUAGGUUCACUCACAUUCAAAACUCCAGACAAUGUAAAAUACCCAUCCAUGGAUCUGGCCUAUGCUGCUGGACGGGCGGGAGGAACCAUGACUGGAGUCCUGAGUGCAGCUAAUGAGAAGGCGGUGGAAAUGUUCAUCGAUGAAAAAAUCAGCUACUUGGAUAUUUUCAAGAUUGUGGAGCUAACAUGUGAAAAGCAUCGAAAUGAAUUGAUCAGUGCGCCUUCCCUUGAGGAGAUCGUACAUUACGACUCGUGGGCAAGGGUUUACGCUGCAAGUUUGCAGUCCUCUUCUUUUAGCCCUGUAGCUGCAUGACCGCCGUCUGUGUUCACCUGCAACAAGGUAACCUUUCCCUGAGGCCUUGAUGAAGACCUGGAAGUUUUGCUCUCUGUCUCACAGAAUGGCCAGGCUGGAGAAGGUAGUUUAAAAGGACCAGUUAGGAAUUUAAUUUUUUAAAAAAAAAAGUUAUAUAUAUAACCACAGCACAAAACUAUGAAUCAAUUGUGAUGUUAAAGUUCAUGCAGGGAAAUGGAAGUGAAAUAAAUUUAUGGGACUGUCAGAUGGCAUCCCAAUUCUCGUUUUCAAGCUAAAGUUCUAUUGUACAAAAUUCAGAUUGUUUGAGGAACAAUUGGAAGUAGCGGAGGUUAUAAGGUGAAUUGGGAAGGGAAGAUGUAUUCAUUGAGAGUUCUUAUUCA